AUGUACCCACUCGCGAGCUCCGCUGAUCACGCCGUCCCCUUCCUCCUCAUCUUCCUCCUCCUCAUCUCUGCUGCUGCUGCUGCUGCAACAGCGAUACUCGAGCCAUCGGCGGACCAAGACCAGAAGCGGCGGGACCUGGUAGAGCUGUUCCGCAAGUACCUUCGGAUCCGCACCACACACCCAAACCCGGAUUAUGCAACCGCGGCUGCCUUCCUCACCGCUGAGGCCCGCUCUGUCGGGCUGCUCACCCAAACCCUGGAGUUCGUCCCGGGGAAACCCAUCCUCCUCUUCACAUGGCCUGGCGCUGACCCCUUACUGCCUUCCAUCCUUCUCAAUUCGCACAUGGACAGUGUCCCCGUCGAGGAGGACAAGUGGAUCCACCCUCCAUUAGCCGCUCAUCUGGAUCCCGCCGACGGCCGCAUCUUCGCCCGGGGGGCGCAGGACGACAAGUGCUUGGCCAUCCAGUACCUCGAGGCCCUGCGCACUCUGAAAGCCGACUCUACCUUCACUCCGCUUCGUUCGAUCCAUGUCACUUUAGUGCCUGACGAGGAGAUCGGCGGGAGGGAUGGGGCCGCCAUGUUCACCGCCUCUGAGGUGUUCCGGCAGCUGAACGUGGGUUUCGUGCUGGACGAGGGGCAGGCUUCACCUACAGGUGAAUUCAGGGUCUUCUAUGCCGACAGAGCGCCUUGGCGGCUGAUUGUGAAGGCCCGUGGGCAGCCCGGCCAUGGGGCGAGGAUGUACGACAACACUGCCAUUGAGAAUUUGAUGGAACUUGUGGAGGCUGUGACCUACUACAGGAACAGCCAGUUUGACCUCGUAAAGGCCGGGCUCAAGGCUGCUUCAGAGGUCAUCUCGCUGAACCCGGUGUACUUCAAAGCUGGCACACAUUCGCCUACGGUAAUACAUGUAUAAACAUAUUUGGAUUCUCAAUUUCUUCUCAGGGUCGGCGGAGAAUCGUUCCGGCCGUUAACCGUAGUAAAAGCUGAUGAAUAAUGAUUUCUCUGACAAAAACAUAGCCUUCGUAUUUGCAUGUAAUUUUUCAACGUGUACCAUCUUGCUUUUGUUCGUUUGAAAUUGUGCUGCAUGAUUAUUCACCUCAACCUAUUUGCCUUUAGGCUAUACAUAAUUAUCUCAAUACAAACCGACUCAAAUUGUCAUUUUGGCCGAAAAUGCUGAGGCGGGUAACGAUGAUUUCUCUGCAUCACACAUUAUGUGCAUGGCUGUUAGUGGCAGCUUGGAUAGUGAUGAGGGUCAAUCAGGCAGUGGUGGUGAAACUGGAAUCAUAUUUCUGAGUAUAUAUACGUACAUAUAAUAAUAUUAUUAUGUUAUUUCUUUGCGGACCUCAGUUGAAUAGCCAAAAGCAAAAAGGUGCUUUCAUUGUUUUUUUCUUUUCUUUUUCCAUGUGAACCUUACAUUCAAUGUUUGCUUCUAAAGAAGAUCAAGGAAGGUGAUGGCACUAAUGAUGCUUUUGGUGUUUGAAUCGAAGAGAUUUUUUUAAUUCUUUUGGAGGCAUCAAAGCUGUGAUGAACAUGUUAAAGUGGAGAGCUAAAUAAGACACUUUUCAGUGAUCAUUUCAUGGACAUGCUCUAGAAGAUUUUAGUGAAGAAUUCUAUUUAGCUAUUCCGUUAAUCAACUUCGAGUGAGUUUUUAUAGACUAAUUGACUGUGAGUAUGCGUAAAUUAAAGGGACUGUAUGUGGCUUUGUCUACAUGAAAAAAAAAAGAAGUGGAAUUUUCAUAUGCACUCCAUGAAGAGGGUUUUGUAACUCAGCAUCAAGGGUGAAAAUUUCGUCUAGGUAGUAAUUAGUUCUUAUUUAAUUGAAGUUAUCUUAAUUAGAUUAUUGAGAUUGAAUGGCCUGACCCUAAAUUUUUUUCCUGUAAUCUUGUUCCUUACUUUGGUUAAACAAAUGCGAUCCCUGAUGUUAUGAAGUACUGGUACAUGUUCUGUGUGAGAUAUUUAUUUCUUAGUUUUGUAUGAUCAUUGUUUUGAUUUUUGGCAUUUUUCUUCCUGGAUGAGUUUGAAUACGGGCUAAAAUAUCUCAGAUUGGUAGCCUUAUUGAAAGGAAGAAACCCUCAGUGAGAAGUUACUGACGAGAAAGAUAUCCUUGAGGCAUGAGAGGUGGCAGCUGAAGGAAAAAAAGUAGACACAGAAAUGUUAUCAAGCACAAAGUAAAUGUCUAAAUAAUAAAAAAAAUACAUAACUAGAAGGGUUUAGCUUUUGAUGACCAAGUGAAAGGGAUGUUGGGCCAAAAUAAUGAUAACUUGGUCGGUCAACUUGCAUGACAUGUGGACACGAAGACUUACGUACUUAACUUGGUGCGAAUAAAGUCACCUCAGACAUAGAACAUUGAAUCUGCUUCAAUUACAGUGAUUUGAUCUGGCAAUGUUCACUCGAUGGCCUUAUGAAAUACAUGGAUUAGAAAAUUUGGGAUCUUUACCCUGUCAAUCCGGUGGAAGCUAAUCUUAGGGUGUGAAGCUAAAUGCAAUGAACAUGUUUUGGAAGCUAAUAUUAAGGAUGGUGGCCUAGACCAGCGUUUGCUUAAAAAAAUGUGUCAUCAGUUGCAAUAGCUGUUCAUAUUUUCGGGGCAGAUUCGACACCUUACGUUAUGUGAUUGUCUUCUUUUAGGAUCACCCAACUUCUUAGUCAUUCAAAUGAUACGUAGUUUAAUUUGUCCUUUUUUCUUUAUAAUCAUGCGCAGUAUUAAGAAUUCAUUACCGUUCACAAUGUAAUUUUAUCUGCUGAUGGUUUAAAGUUAGUAUUUGGAUCUAUUGAAUACCCAGAGCAUAUGAUUGGAACACUCAAAAGUCUUUCCAAAGGAAAAAUGCGUGAGAAAGAACUCUUGCUAUGCCAUCUUGAACACUUUCUCUCUGAUCGUUCUCUACAGUAGUGUUCUUUCACAUGUGCCGCGUGCUAGUCGGAUUAGAAAAUGCUCUUUUCUUCUUUAAAUUCCGUAAUCCACCUUUUGUAUUUGUCUGUGGGCAUCUUUGUUAUGAUUAUUUCUCAUCAUAUACUAAACAUCACCUUGGAGUGGCCUGCAUUUUGCUUGUUCGAGUAGGUAUCAAAACAUUACUAUGAACAGCGUUAUUAUUUCUUUAUCGUCGUGCAACCCCUUCUUAAAUUCAGAUUAAUUUUGUGAAGUGAUUUCACCAGGGUUUUGUUAUGAACAUGCAACCUUCUGAAGCUGAGGUAGGCUUUGAUGUUCGCAUUCCUCCCACAGAAAACCCUGACAUCAUAAGAAGGAGAAUCCAAGAGGAAUGGGCUACAAUUUCAAUGAAUCUAACGUUCAAGGUAAUAUAUUUUUGUCUUUGAUUGGAUAGAUGGUUAUAUCUAUGAGCUUUUUGAUGAACUAGGAAUAUAAAUAGGUAUUGUCUCAUAGACAACUCUGAGGCACAACUACUCUACUGCUCAUGAAUAUCUUGGAAUCGAGAUAUGAAGAUACCCUGCAGCCUAUCUCUGAGGAAUCAUGCAAACAGAGAUAGCUAAAUAGUUGUGUACAAGUGUACGAUAGUGGCAAUGCAGAAGUAUCCAAGUAAAUGGCAGUGUAGACUGUUUUCUCAAAUGGUGUGGUCGAGUUGGAAGUCUCGAUGUACAUUUCAAAUCAAAUUCAUGGAUGAUGCCCAGUGAUUUCAUUUAUGUCUAUAUUAUUUGCAUGUUAACAUAUUCAACAGUGCUACUAACAACAGAUGACCAGAGACAUUGUUCUGGCUAAGAAGACUCAAGUCUCUGCACCUAUGUGUGGGAAACAGUUAAGCGUGUUCUAGCCUUCAUGCUGGGAUCAAUAUUUCAUUCACAGAUGGAUUAAAAUCUUCAUAUAUAAUGUGUUUUUUUUUCUGUAUGCACCUCAAUCUUCUCUCUCUUCCCUCCCACAUCAGUUCAACCUAAUUUACUGGGAUCUGUAUCAUUUAUCCUUAUUGAUUCACUUUAACCAUGGUCCUAUACUUGAUCGUGUGUAUAAUUUUUUUUAUUUUUUUUCACGUUAUUAAUAUUCAGUCCAAUACAUUCCAGAUUUUCUAAAUGAUUCUGAACAAUCUGGCAGCUUAUUGAGUUAGGUCCGCUAACAGACCAUGCCGGGCGUCCUCUCAUGACGGCGACAAACGAGUCCAACCCUUGGUGGGCCGUCUUCAAACAGGCUAUCAGUGAUUCUGGAGGAAAACUGGCCGAGCCAGAGAUCUUAUCCUCCACAACAGAUGCUCGAUUCAUGAGACAGAUGGGCAUUCCUUCUCUCGGCUUCUCUCCAAUGGCAAACACCCCGAUUCUGCUUCACGAACACAACGAGGUAGCAUUGCCCUGAUCCAUCCUGCUCUUUGAUGUUCUUGCUCGCUCCCCUUCUCGGCUCCCCUCAUUCCUUGGGGUCUCUGCUCCCAGUUUCUCCAGGACGCCGUGUUUCUGAAGGGAAUCGAGGUGUACAGGCAUGUCAUCAGAUCGUUGAGCACAUUUAUGGAAAGCUCGGUGUAG